UUGUUUGCCAGUUCUUCUUCUACAGUACUGGGCAAUUUAUUAAAUGCGUCUUCAAUCAGGUUAACAUCCAAUCCUUCCUUUUCAAGCCAAGCUUUGUUCAAUUCAUCCACAUUCUCAUCAUUUUUUUCACCUAUCUUGUCUACUUUCAAUCGCUUUGCUGUACGACCGAUAUAUGUGUUUUCAUAUGUCACAUUUGCAUUAUUCGAAUCAUAUGUUGGAGCAAAACUGGAAAAGGCUCCAAAGUCAAGCCAUUGAACUAUAUAAUAAAGGUGGUCUCCUUUUAGUCACAGCACUAUUUUAUUAUAGUUAUUGUGAAUACCUGGCACAACUGGUUUAUCUUCGUGCUUCAUCAACUUUGGUGGAUACUUUGGUGGAGGGGCUAUAGUUUGCUUUAGUGAUGGUACCUCUUCCUGUUGUACUGG